GCGGUGCUGGCGGCCGGGAGGGACCGAGCCCGCCGAGCCGAGCCCAGCCGAGCCCCGCGGGCGGGACGCAGCCCGCAGGAUGUCGCCGCUUCGCGUCUGCAUCGUCGGCUCGGGGAACUGGGGAUCAGCCAUAGCAAGAAUCAUUGGCCAAAAUGUCAAGAUGUCCAACAGAUUUGAUCCCACUGUCAAGAUGUGGGUGUUUGAAGAAAUCAUUAAUGGACGAAAACUCUCAGAAAUCAUCAACCAGGAACAUGAAAACGUUAAAUAUCUGCCUGGAUACAAGAUACCCCACAAUGUGGUGGCUGUACCAGACGUGGCUGAAGCAGCAAAAGGGGCAGAUAUUUUAGUGUUUGUUCUGCCACAUCAAUUUAUUGGACGAAUCUGUGAGCAGAUUGCAGGACAGAUAAAACCUGGGACAUUCGGGAUUUCCCUGAUCAAGGGGAUUGAUGAGGGUCCUGAUGGCCUGAAGCUYAUCUCUGACCUCAUUCGAGAGCACCUGAAAAUAGAGAUCAGUGUGCUGAUGGGGGCCAACAUAGCCAAAGAAGUGGCUGAUGAGAAGUUCUGCGAAACCACCAUUGGGUGCAAAAACGAAACACAAGGGGAAAUCUUUAAAGAACUAAUGCAGACCCCCAAUUUCAGGAUUACUGUGGUGCUUGACUCUGAUACAGUGGAGCUUUGUGGAGCCUUAAAAAACAUUGUGGCGGUGGGCGCGGGGUUCUGYGAUGGACUGAGUUUCGGUGACAACACCAAGGCAGCAGUGAUACGCUUGGGGCUCAUGGAGAUGGUGGCCUUUGCCAAGAUGUUCUGCAAGGGACCAGUGUCAAUAGCCACCUUUUUGGAAAGCUGUGGGGUCGCUGAUCUCAUCACCACCUGCUAYGGGGGGCGCAACAGAAAAGUAGCAGAAGCCUUUGCUCGCACAGGAAAAUCCAUUGAGGAACUGGAAAAUGAGAUGCUGAAYGGACAAAAGCUGCAAGGUCCUCAGACCUCAGCCGAAGUCUACAAGAUYCUGAAACAGAAAAAUAUGCUCGAUAAGUUUCCAUUGUUUACAACCAUCUACAAGAUCUGCUACGAGGGUCGAUCAAUCCAGGAUUUCAUCAUGUGCCUGCAGAACCAYCCAGAGCACAUGUAGAGAAGAGAUCCCUUCUCCUACCUGGCUGAAUUCUCACYUUCCUGGGACCUCUGUCCACUCCAAGGCAAUUGAAGUAGAGAAACAGGUUGUGUGACACUUGCUGUAAAAGCAGCAAAGAAUGUAUUUAAUUCCCUUGUUCUGGGGCUAAAAAAAAAAUCAGCCUUUAAUUUCAACAUUAUAUAUUAUUAUAUACCCAAGGAAUAGGAAACAAAUGUGAAACUUAACAGUAUUUGAUUUAAUAACAUAGKUAUUUCCUACAAUUAUUUUCUUGUUGACUGAAAACAGUUCCCCUUGCAAUUUCCACAGCAGAGCUGAAAGGCUCACAUAAACCUCAACAUUCUGCCUGUUACUUACAAAAUGGCACAAAAUGCAGAAAAAUCAAAGUACUCAUUCAAACAGAUAAAUUCUAGUUAAAAAAAAAAUCAAAGAGCAUUUAGAUGCAAUCACAUGACCAAAUGUUGRGUUUCCAUAAUUCCCCUCAAACACAAAUAAUAUUCUGUGUUUUAUGAUAUUUAGGCCUUCYUUGAUUUCAUUUCCCACUAUAAAUUUCUUUGGAAAAAUAGGUACUAUUACUGUGCUCAGACACACGUGAAUGUUCAUCAGAUGUAUAAAUAAAACAGUUUGAAGGGUGCAGAAAUGAAGAAGGGGUUUAGGAUGGGAGUAUUGUUUGUUUCAAAUCUGGGACACUAGGAAUCCUCAGUAGUAAUCUGACCUUCAUUAAACUUAUUGUUAUUUCUUUAAAACACAGGAAAAAAAUCUGGAAUAACCAAAGACAAUUUUGUUCACAUCAGAUUUUCUCAGCAACUCCUUGUCAUUAAUUGGUAUCAGCGGAGAGGGGAGAAGUGGAGGUUGACAGGGAGAUGUACCCAGGGCUCAGCUUGCAGCCUGUGCACUUGCUGAUACUUUGAGGGUCCAACCAGUAACAGUGACAAACCCUCUGUGAUACUUGACUUUUUAUASCUGU